UCCCCGGUUCCCCUCGCGGCCUCGAGCCUCGCCUCGCCUCGCCUCGCUUCUCUUUCCCCCGCCGUCAAGCCCGAGCCCCCGGCGUUCGGCUCCUGCCUCGGCGUCGGCGGCCUCCUCGCGUCGCACGAGGAGGAGCCCGAGACGCCGACGGCCUGGGCGGCGUCGCCCGCGACGGCGCCCGGGAGCAGUGAGGAGGCCGCGGCGGUGGCCGGGGCAAGCACUACCGCGGGGUGAGGCAGCGGCCGUGGGGCAAGUUCGCCGCAGAGAUCCGGGAUCCGAGAUCCACGCCAAACCAGGAACCCAUGGUGUAGUUGCAAGCUCUGCUUAGCAAGCAUUGUCCAAAGCAAAGCCAAGGGUGGAUGACGGCAGGGCGAGAUGCUGAUCCCGUGCGAUUGCUUCCUCCAUGUUCCCGCACCGCCGCUGACUCUGUUACAGAACUGUACAGCUUCGGCGUCCUGCAGAGAUAAAGGCCUCACUUUCCUAAUCCACUCCGUCUAUGCACCAGCUAGAACCUAUGAAAUUUGCCCAGAACCGGCAGUUCCAUGCACGGUUGCCAGACAAACUGGCAAAGGGAAGAAGAAAUCUAACUGGGUCCAUUACGGUGGGUCGCUUCCGGCAAUGCUGGAGGCACUGGAGGAUGUCCAGGACGUUGAAGAAGCGCUCUGGUCGUGGAAGGACACACUGAGCAAUCGGGAGAGGACAAUCCUCCUCAAGGAGCAGAAAGAUUGGAGACGGGCGGUCGAGAUCUUUGACUGGUUUCGCAGGGAGAGGGGCCAUGAGCUCAAUGUGAUUCACUACAAUGUUGUGCUCUGUGCAGUUGGGCGAGCAAGGAGAUGGGACCUCGUUCUUAGUCUGUGGCAUGAGAUGCAUUCCUGCGGUGUGGCACCGGAUAACUCGACGUAUGGUACAUUGAUCGAUGUAUGUUGCAAAGGGGGAAGAGAACGGAUGACUUUGCUUUGGCUCGGGGACAUGUGCAAGCGGGGUUUGACGCCUGAUGAGGUCACUAUGAGCAUUGUGCUGCAGGCACAUAAGAAGGCUGGAGAGUAUGAAAUGGCCGAGCUCUUCUUCAGAAAAUGGUCCUCAGAUUCAAGUAGAAGGAUGGAGGGGCACCCUCGCUACAGCUUGUACACUUACAACACCUUGAUUGAUACUUAUGGAAAAGCUGGUCAACUUGAGAAAGUAUCAGAUACAUUCAACCAAAUGUUGAGAGAAGGUGUUGCACCAAGUGUUGUUACAUUCAACACAAUGAUUCAUGUUUGGGGUAAGCACCAUAGAAUGGAGCGAGUUGCUUCUUUGGUGAAGAUGAUGGAGGAAUUCCAGUGCUUUCCUGACAGAAGGACUUACAAUAUACUGAUCUCACUGUACAGAGAAUGCAACGAUAUUGAUGUUGCAGAGUACUACUUCUGGAAGAUGAAAGCAGAAAAUUUGGUACCAGAUGUUGUGAGCUGCCGCACACUCUUAUAUGGAUACUCUAUCAGGGGCAUGGUCACUAAAGCGGAAGCCCUUCUAAAAGAAAUGGAUGAGAGGGGCUUUUUGAUAGAUGAGUACACACAAUCAGCUUUGACGAGGAUGUAUGUAAAUGCUGGGAUGCUUGAGCAAGCAUGGCAUUGGUUUGACAGGUUCCAUCACCAGAUGAAUUCUGAAUGCUUUUGUGCAAAUAUUGAUGCAUUUGGGGAGAAAGGAUACAUAGUUCUUGCAGAGAAGGCUUUUAUAUGCUGCCUAAAGAAGAAGAUGCUCAGUGUUUCUGUGUGCAAUGUUAUGAUCAAAGGAUAUGGGUUGGUAGAGAAGCUGGAUGAGGCAUGUGAGGUAGCUGAUGGCAUGGAGAGGUAUGGCAUUUUGCCUGAUUACGUGACUUACAGUUCUCUCAUUCAACUUCUGUCAACUGCUAAACUGCCAAAGAAGGCUCUUCACUACUUGAAAAAAAUGCAAGCAGUAAAACUGCUGUCAGACUGUGUUCCAUACUCUAUGGUAAUUAGUAGCUUUGCUAAGAAUGGUGAUUUACGAAUGGUUGAGUACCUGUUUAGAGAAAUGAUCACCUCAGGGAUCCGUGCUGAUGUUUUUCUCUACUCUAUCUUAAUUGAUGCUUAUGCUGAAGCUGGAAAGGUCCAACAAGCUGCAGCAUAUUUUGGUUUAAUAAAAAAAGAUGGCUUAUGUGAGAGUGCUACAAUCUACAAUUCUUUGAUAAAGCUCUAUACAAAGGUAGGGUAUGUUGCAGAGGCCCGAGAAACAUACAAGCUACUCAGAUCACUGGAUACUGAUGCCAACCCUUAUGCAUCUAAUUGCAUGAUUGAUCUCUACUGUGAUCAUUGUAUGGUGAAAGAAGCAAGUGAGAUUUUUGAAAGUCUGAAGGCCAGGGGCAGUGCAAAUGAAUUCUCAUAUGCAAUGAUGGUGUGUUUGUACAAGAAAAUAGGUCGCUACGAUGUAGCUCACAGGAUUUGCAAGGAAAUGCAAGCUUUAGGACUUCUAACUCAAGCACAAAGCUACAAUUCUGUGAUCCAAAUGUAUGUAUCUGGUGGAAGAAUGGAGGAUGCUUUAAAAAUAUUUAAGAAGAUGUUGGUAUCGAACACACCACCAAAUGAUGCAACAUUCAAGGCACUAAAUGUUAUUCUAGUAAGAAGUGGAGUUACAAGGAACAAGAUUAGAAAGCUAGAAUUGUUAAGAAGAAAUAACACUCAUGAUUACUUGUGUCAAUGGUACACGGCACUAUCCCUUCAGCUGUAAGAUCAAGUGCAUGCUCUUUUCAACAUAGUAUUAUUGAUCAAUCUGCUACAAGGGCACACCCUUUUGACGUUGUAAGAGUAGGAAAAGGAGUACGAGAAAGCAAGUAACUUCAGAACUGAUUUCAAAAUUUUAAAUUCUUAGAUGUAGAUACACAAUCGCGAUUAUCUGUCAACUGAAGUGUACACAGAGACGGUGCAUACCAUGUUCGAGAAAAUGUUGAUAGUUGAUAGGUCAGCACAGCGAAUUCAGGGAAGUCAUUUUCACAUGUGUGAAUCCUGUUAGCUUUCUGCAGGCGAACGUUAUUACUUAUAUGUCCCCAGUUUCUACGUAUCAGAAUAUAAGGUACAUGCUCUCGCAACGACAUGCUUUUGCUAAAAUUGAACUGCUUCAGCUUGUAUGACUUCCACAAAAGAUUCAGUAUUGAUGAUAAUUCCAACAUUGCAGUGUAUUUCUAAGUUCUGCCUGUUUUGAUUUUACUUAAUUACAUUGCAGUUACUUGGCAACAUAAAUUUUCAAUAACGGCACUUCUUGCAGUGCCCUAUUCUGUUAUUAAUAUGCGCCCUGAUAAAGCUGCAGUAUAUUUUUUAUUUGGCUUAUGUUCAAUAAAUUUGUGUUCCCUUGUUGGUGGCUCAUGUUGGGUACUUGGGUUUCAGCUCUAGCCUAUUGCAACUUCACCACUAAAAGCUUCAGGUGCCCUCAACAUAUGAGUUCCAAUUUUACGGCAGGAGAGGCUUUUCAAUCUGUGUUACUUUGUAUUGGGGAACAUGUAAUAUUUCACCAAAAAUAUACAAGUCAGAGCUAUAAAUAUAAUAUUAAUUUUAAACUUAUCUGAUUAUCAUACUCCAGUAUCAUUUUUUUAUUAUAAUAUGUUCUUAUCUAGCAAUUUCUUUUUUCAUUUUAGUGCACUCCUUGAUCAUUAAAGACAUCGUUUUAACUUUCUGCCUCCUAUUAGGGAUGUAUGGUUUGUAAGCAAAAGACACUCUUUUGGCGCUGUGGGUGUUGUUCAGUUGCAGCACAUACGGAAUAUGCACCAUAACCAGUGAUUCAUCUAAAAGACAAUACAAAGUGCAAUUUGCUGGAGGCGUCCUUCUGAUUGGCUUCUGCAAAAUGAGGUCUAUCCUUUUUUCCCCCUUAAAAUUGGUCACUUCAUGUUGUCAUAUAUUAAAUGAAUAAUAACAGCUUAUCCAGUCUAAUUUGAUAAACAGGCAAGAGGGAAACUUUCUAGUGUAAGUAUUAAAAUAAUUUAUGUGCAUCUAGUCAUUGUAUUUUCUCCAUCUCAGUGCUGAUUCCUCCAUCACAUUUAAUAUCCUUUUGUUUCAUCCCUAGAUCCUUGGAAGAUUAAUACUGAACAAGAAUAAGUUAUCUUUGAGGUUUAGCUCGGACAAUAUUAUCACAAUGCAUCCCAUACAUCCUUUUGUUAAUAUUUGUAAUGGUUGAGGUGGCUGACAGGAAUACUUUGUUUGCUGGUGACAGAAUGCUGACUUUACCAACAGUAUAGAGGUGUGUGUAUGCAUGACAUAACUGUACAUUUGCUAUCUUUUCUUCUAUGAUUAUUUCAUUCAUGUAAACUGUGCAUGUUGUUUUCUUGAAUAAAUCAUUUUCAGAGCUUCUUUUGCAGCUUGUCUUUAACUCUUUAUAAUGACAGUGCUGGGUAGGUUUCACAAUGUGUUUUUAUUACUCUUAAAGCAGAAGAAAAGUUAAUCUAAAGUAAUGUUUUAGGACUUGUACCACCAUUUGUUUGCACGGUUGACCACUAAUGUGUAUUAAAAUGGCCGCAUGAAAAUGUUAUUAGUAGAUAUUAUUACCAUUUUUGGUUUUGGUGUUUAUAUAUAAAAAAAAUGACCAUGUUGCCUCUUGGAGACUGGGAAGUCGAAAACACCACAUUCUUAGAAUUGAUGGGCUAUUUUUUUAUUUUUACUUAGCUAGUUUUUAGUACUUAGUGACAUAACUGGAAUGUGUGGGCAAGCACCACCAAUGGAAGGAAGAAGCUUGAUGCUGCUUAUCAAGAAGCUCAGUCAAAGAGUUCUGCAUGCCCUAUAUUCUUGUUUUCCUUGGUAAGGAUCUUUUCAGGACUUUGUAUUUCGUGGUGGAUGUUAAGUUAGUUUCCUUUGCCUGGUAUGCCCUUCAUGAUGAAACAUCAGGUGAAUACAAGUGGCCUGUUGAUUUUGAGAAAACCCUUGAGUACUGGCAACAGGACAAGUGGAAUGUCUCCUCUGUUAAGUGGCGCAUUGUCCAGGACGUCCCUAACAGUAUUCUCAAGCACACCAUCCUAGGGAAUCAUGAGAACAAGCCUGUCACGAUACCCAUGACACACUAGAGAUACACCUUGAACAAGGCCUUCAGAUGUUCAAGUUAUUCAAGGAGCAUGUCAGUAAGACCUCCAUCCUUGAUGACUUUACCUCCUACAAGAGCCACCAGAAGUUGAUGCAGGAUAAAAGGGCGAAACAGCAGCAGAUCCAAAAGCAGGUUGACUGUCUUAGAUUACUCAGGUCUGGGACAGUAGAGCUCCCAUUUCUGUCACCACCAGUGAACAACAGCAGGAAGUUGCUGACGGGAAGCCAAAGCCAUCUGCACUGUACCAAACAGUGCCAACUCAGAGGUGAAGGCUCCUACAGAUAACUGUACUGCUCCUGUUAUUUUCUACGCUGCAAAGGUGGGCCAAACGGCAACAACCGAGAACCCUGUCCUCGCCAAUGGAGUUGCCAAGACUGGCUAGCUUGAUCGCAUGCCUUGAAGUAGUGCAGACCCAUUUGAUCAUACAGAGCACCUUGGCCGGCAUCGACGGCGCAAUUGUAGAAGGUUGCCUUUGCUCCCAGCACUCGCAGCGCUGGUGCCUCGCCUUUUCUUUUCCUCUGGCUUCGGCGGCGGCGCAUGGUUCUUGAAUGAAGGCAACGUUAUAUAUAGGGCUUGCCGUCCGUAGCUACGUCGUCGUUCCAGACGAUGAUGUAUUUGCCUGAUCAUGAUUUUUAUGUAAUAUGUAUAGGUUUCUUUCCAAUGUUAUUUGAUCCUUUAUUUAUGCUAUCACCUAGCAAUAAAUUGACAUCUAAACGAAAAGGUUGUUUAAUUUCUGCAGCAA